AUGGCUUCGGUGGCCACAACCGAGAAGCCGUUUAUGGCAUCGGAGAUAGUGCUGCAGCCUAUCAAAGACAUCUUUGGCACUGUCAAGUUGCCGGGAUCAAAAUUUCUCUCUAACCUCAUUCUCCUUCUGGCUGCCCUCUCUGAGAAUGACUACAUGCGACCUAUAUGGUUACCUCUGCUUCAAAUGGUAGUUGGUAGGAUUAGCCAUGAUGAAGAAAAGACUUCAGUUUAUUUACAGCUUCUUGGUACAUUAAUGGAGAUUGGGAGUGAAAAUGAUGCUCCUUAUAUCCCUGAUAUUAUUCCAUUGUUGGGAGGUGAGAAUGGUGGAUGUUUAAAUCAUGGCAUUGGAACCAACAUCGAUGUUGAAGUUAUAGGUGGCUUUUAA